CUGGAGGCAGCCAUCCGAAACGUAGGAGUAAAAGGGCUUUUAGACUAUAACACCAGUCAGCUAGCCGCCUAUGCGGAUGAUAUCGUUAUCACAAGCAGGUCUCAAAGCAGCAUGAUCAGACACACCACAACUCUCCAGAUGGAAGCGGCAAAGUAUGGAUUGAUGGUUAACGCAAGCAAAACGAAGUACCUUCAUAGCACGCGCAACCCUCGUCCACUACAGGAUGUCACCAUUGGAGAUGAUACAAUUGAAGGAGUCAGCAGCUUUAAGUACCUGGGGUCGAUACUGUCCAGCCGGAAUAGGGUUGGAGAUGAGGUGAAUGCCAGAAUCAUGGCUGGCAGUAGAUGCUUUUACUCUCUCAGCAAACUUUUCCGAUCAAAAUAUCUUAGUGCAAAUUCCAAGCUGUCUAUCUAUAAGACCAUAAUACGCCCCGUCACCACCUAUGGGUGUGAAGCAUGGUCACUAACAGCUUUGGAAACCCAAAAGCUCGCCGUGUUUGAGAGGAAAGUUCUACGCAAAGUGUUUGGGCCAGUGAAAGACGCAGACGGUGACUACCGUAUACGCAUGAAUCACGAGCUGGAGGCACUCAUGAACCGAGAAACAAUCGUCCGAUUCAUCAAGUCACAGCGUCUGAGAUGGGCUGGGCACGUAGAAAGGAUGGACAAAAGCAGGGCACCCAAGAUUAUGACCGACUGGAAGCCGCAGCAAAGGAGACCUAGAGGAAGGCCGAGAAAGAGAUGGUGCGACUGCAUCGAAGAUGAUCUCAAGGCUCUGAAAUGUUUUACGAACUGGAGAAGGACAGCCAGGGAUCGUCGCGCAUGGCAGUCUAUUGUGGAAGAGGCCAAGACCCACAAAGGGUUGUAG